GGAGAAGAAGAGGAAUAAUAGGAUUACAUAACAUACAUAUCUGAUCCUCUUCAGAAAUGGGGUGUACUUAUCUUGAGGUGUAAAUUGUUCGGCCAAUGCUGUUUUGAGAAGAAGAAAGCAAAGCUAAAUGCAGAGUAGACAUACAAAACCCGUCGUUGUUAAGAACACAAAACCACACUAUAUUUGUAUUAUUACUGUAUUAUAUACUAGUUUUUGUUUCAGUAAGACUUGAAGUAAUGGAGGUCGGAAGGAACUUGCUUUCUUCACCGCCGUCCUUUCCUCCAAGAACCCAUCUCAGGAAUAAUCAUUCUUCUUCUUCCUCUGCUUCUGCUUCAACUUCAGCGCCCGCGGUUACUUCAGUACCAACUACUUCAAUUGCUCAACGGUUUUCUGCCUCGGUUCUUUUACAAGAGCAGCGUGAUGAAUUGAGGCCUAUGUUGCGUUUAACCAAGGAAGAGAAAACAUCCCAGGGAAUGAUAGACAGGAGGAUGAAAGAGUCCGGGACCUUGGUUCAUGAAGAUAAAAGCAAUGCAGACACUGACAGACUAAAAUCGGAAUUUGAGCACCCAUCAAUCCACUGGCCCAGUUUUUGGCACGUAUUUCCCUCCUUACAAAUGAAGACUAAUUCAUCUGCAUCAUUGACAAUGGAGCCUACAACAGCUGGUAGCAAGAAGAAUGUGAAUGUUGGACUCUGUGAUGCAAUUGCACUAGCCAAGAAAGCUUUGGAAGCUUCAAAAGAAGCAGCAUCGUUAGUUGAAGACUCCAAAUUGGUUGGAGCUGAUUCUGAUGAAAUGGUUUCUCUGAGUUUGGCAGGCAAGGGGGACAAAACUGUGAGGUCUACAAGACUUGUAGAGAGGCGGUCUAAGAAGCGGAAUGUACCCAAGUCAAAAAUUCUGUUUUGUGAGGACCAUAGUCCAAGAAGUGCAGAUGUUCGGAAAAACUCAGGCUUUGAUUCUGAUGACCCCCUUCGAUUGUUCUUGGCAAGCUCUGAAACAAAACAACUUUUGACUUUUGAAGAAGAGUUUGAAUUGAUUGCUCAAGUACAGGAUUUAAUGAAAUUAGAACAAGUCAAACACAGACUUCAAUCCGAGUUUGGCCGUGAGCCAACUUUGGUUGAAUGGGCAGAAGCAGUUGGAAUUCAUUAUAGGAUCUUGCGGACACAAAUUUGCUCUGGUACCAGCAGCCGGGAAAGAUUGAUCUGUUCAAAUUUACGUAUGGUUGUUCACAUUGCUAAACAGUAUCAAGGACGUGGUGUUGGCCUUCAAGACUUGAUGCAGGAGGGAAGUAAGGGCCUUAUGAAAAGUGUUGAGAAAUUCAAACCGCAAGUUGGUUGCCGAUUUGCUAGUUAUGCAUAUUGGUGGAUAAGGCAAUCAAUUAGGAAGGCCAUAUUUCAACAUUCCAGGACUAUUCGUCUACCUGAGAACGUGUAUACCUUGCUUGGCAAGGUAUCUGAAGCAAAAAGAUCAUGCAUUGAGGUAGGAAAUCACAGUCCAUCCAAAGAAGAGCUAGCAAGACAUGCUGGAAUUACUGUAGAAAGGUUGCAGAAACUUCUAUACAUCACAAGAACGCCACUUUCAUUGCAACAACCUGUGUGGGCAGACCAGAAAACCACAUUCCAGGAAAUUACAGCGGACGCAGGAACUGAGAUCCCAGAUGUGAGUGUGUCGAAGCAGAUGAUGAGACGGCACCUUCAUGGUCUCCUAAGAAGUCUUAAUGUUAGAGAGCAGCAGAUAAUUCGGCUAAGAUUUGGUAUUGGUGGUGCCACACGAAAAUCACUGUCAGAGAUUGGUAACAUGCAUGGUUUGUCCAAGGAGAGGGUGCGACAACUAGAGAGCCGAGCACUCUACAAGCUCAAGCAGUGCCUUGUCAGCCAUGAUCUUGAUGCAUACGCUGAUUUACUAGUUUGAGUUGUAAAAUGGAAUUCAGCAGCCAAGCUUCCAAAAAUGUACAGCUAAUUGUGGUUUCAGAGUUCAGACAAGCAGGGAAUCCAAACUGAGGCCUACCUUUACACUUUGAAUUCUUCCAAUAUAAGAUUACAGUCUUUUUGUGUAACUUAAAAGGUGAAUAUUCUACUUGUUAAUGUAUAUUUUGCAAUUUCAUAUAUCAAGCUAACAUUUUUUAGUGUUUUA